AUGAGUUCCAGGGUGCAAGAUCUGCAGAAGCUCCUCUACCUGCUCCAGGCUGAGGUCAUCCACGUGGAGCAGAUGGCAGCGAGCUGGGAGACGGUGCUGAAGGCCGGCGAGCGCUCCAAGAUGCAUUGUGGCGUGUCGCGGCUCCAGAGUUCUGUCCAAACGAUCCACAGGCAGCUGGAUGAGCUAACUCAGCAGGCAGUGGAGGGCGAGAUGGGCGACCCGCGGUCAAAUCCAGAUUAUGCACCCACACACCUGGAGGCGACGUUGGAGGCCAUCAAGGAAGAGGGCACUGCCUCGGACCGGAGUCAGCAAACUUUGAUGGCGCAGGGUGCUGCCCCGAACAUUGAAGUGAUGAGCGUUCUUCAAGGCCGUCUCCACUUCUUCCAGGAGCUCUUGCGCUGCGUCACAGAGGCCGUGGCCAAGAACGACCAUGCCUCCACUCUGCAAAGCAUCGUGCGCCAUCGGCCCCAGAAUCCCAAGCGUGCUGGUCUGCCUGCACUUUCCGCACGCCAGUCCCCAGAGCUGGUCGAGGAGCCGCCACAGAUGCCGCCGCCAGUGGAGCAGGUUCGAGCAGACCUCUGCGAGUCCUCGCCGUUGCCGCCUGACCGCGGGCCGGCAGCAAUGGGGCGCCGGGAGAUAUCCUUGGCACAGAUGCGGGAGGAAGUCGACGAGGAGAGGAAGCGCUACAUUGCAUACCAUCUUGUGCGGGAUGAACACCGCGCAGCGGGAAUCCCGUACACGCCCUCGAAACUACCCAUAGCCUUAGCCCUGCAGGGGACCAUUGCAGUGCACACGCAAUCUACAGAAGGGAGAACGAUCAUGUUCAAGAAGAAGAUCGACCCACGUGCAAACGGGCAGCUUACCAGCGUGGCUUCCUUCACCGCCUGGACGGGUGUGGGCUUGCAUAGGUCCCGAUGGCAGAGGCAUGGUCUACAGUUCCGAAUGUGCUUUCUUAUGAACAGGGGUAGGUUCAAGCUCCUGGCUCGCAUGGCUCUGGGUGCCAAACUCUUGAGCAUGGCAGCCGUCAGCAUCGGCACCGGCAGAAGGCACCAGAUUCGUCUCCAUGCAGCACAUAUUGGGCACCCGGUGGCAGCCGAUGGCAAAUAUUCCUGUCACUCGACAUGCUCGGAGGACUUGCUGUGGUGUCCAAGCACCUUUCUCCACCGCUAUCGCCUGGCAUUCUGGGCCCCUUCGAAUGGACGGCAGCCAGAUACCCCAUUGGAGGCGAACGAGUGCCGCCUACCCCUCUCGCCGCCCAUGAGGGAAGCGCUGAGGCUGCUGUCGCCUGUGAGUCCUCGUUCAGCGCGGGA